CGCAUUACGUACGCGUCUUGUUCUUGAAAGCAACUUCUGCGUUAUUCAUUACAAAGUUUCCAUUUUAUUUAUAUUUAAACACACGCCGAUUCUCUCUCUCGUAUUUCUCAAUCUCUCUUUCAAACCCUAAUCUUUCUUAAAACAAUCGAAUUCUUGCAUCAAUUCAUGUCGAUGAUGGCGGGUAUACAAGGCCAGAUUCUCGAGGUCACUGUUGUUGGGUGCCAGAAAUUGAAAGACACGGAAUGGUUUUCAAGGCAAGAUCCAUACGUCGUCAUUGAGUAUAGCAGCACAAGGCAUCGUACCAGAACCUGCACAGAUGGUGGAAAGAACGCUGUUUUCCAAGAGAAGUUUAUGUUCACUUUGCUUGAAGGGCUUAGGGAUAUUAAGGUUGCUGUCUGGAAUAGCAACACUCUCUCCACUGAUGACUUCAUUGGGAAUGCAACGAUUCAAUUGCAGAAGGUUCUUUCUCAGGGAUAUGACGACUGUACCUGGACUCUGCAGACUAAAACUGGGAGAUUCGCUGGAGAAGUAAGACUUAUACUGCAUUAUGCAGGAGCAAAGAAACAAAAUUACGGGUGUGCGCCAUCAGCACCGUAUGCGCCUCAAGUACCUCAAUACUCAGCACCGCCUUCUGCAUCUCCGUAUUCAUCAGCACCACCAUACUCUGGACCAUCUCUAUACCCACAAGUACAACAAUACCCUCAGCCAUCAGGAUACCCACCAGCUUCAUCAGCUUAUCCUCCUCAGCCAUCUGCCUAUCCUCCUCCCUCAACCUCUGCCUACCCUCCGGUUCCUUCAGCUUACCCUCCUCCUCCGCCAUCCUCAGCUUACCCUCCUCCUCCAUACCCUCCUCAACCAUCAUAUUACCCACAAGGUCCAUACCCAGGACAAUACCCACCUCCUCCUUACUAGAGCCUCAGACGUUUAGAAUUUGACAGGAAGUGGUUAUGAUGUAUAGAGAUAAUAGUGAUGGUGUUUUCUAGAAUUUGGCUACGAAUUUCUUUGUUUUUUAAUAUCUUCCUUGUGCUAUUGCUAGCGUGAUGGUUAAUUUUUGUGAUGGUCAGCCAAACUCAUUGCGAAGUUUGGAUCUUUUCAUGUUUGACCAGAUCGCAGAUUCUCUUGCAAAUCUAUUGAAUUAUUACUCUAAAUCCUUCGUUUUGCGUGUUCA